AUGCAGGAUCCAGUCCAAGGGCCUGCGAGCACCGCUGGGACGGUGCUUACUGGAGAGAAGCUCCAGGCCUUCAGGCAGUGGACCUGCUGCUUCUGUGUCUGCAUUUUCGACCUGGAGCAAGGACAGCGGCUCGAACUGGAAACUCCCGGCGAUAGCCCCCUCUCUGAAGAGGAUCGUCAAUUAUUACGGUAUCUUGCAUUUCCGGAUUCCGGGCCGAGCCGCCUGACGUCUGUAGAGACAGCAGUCUUUCCAUUUCGCUUUCGGCGGGGAAGUGGUGCAUCUCGGGGUCGUCGAAGCGCAAGCAGGGACUUGCCGCUGAAAGACGAUUUCUGGUAUGCUGCGGCCUACUUUCAGCAGCAACCGGACGAGGCAAGCAAGCGACAUUGUGUCCAACGUAGCCUGGUUGUUGUAUCCCAACAUGGCUUCCUGGCAUUUUGGGCCGCCUUGGUAACGGAGGUAGGCAAGCACUUCCAGGAGCGGGGACCAGAUGUACUCGAGGAAGUCGUGUCAGCCAUCGCGAGUUGGCCCUCUCCUCCAGCAGGUCUGGAAGGAGCGACUCCAUUGCAGUUGCCGCUGCUUGGCGGCGUACUAGAGUUCUUGCCCAUGGUACCGAUCCGCUCAACGCCGUCAGACGGGAGCCUGGUGACAGCAGCGCCGGUCGUGCCGGAACCAGCCUAUCAAUGGUCCUCGCUGGCAUGCACGGGAGCAUGGUCAGCCAGGUUGUCCGGCAAUGCCCAGGCACUGCAGCAGAAAAGGGCAGGCGAGGCACAGGCAGCAGCAUGGGCAUCUGUUGCGACCGAGGAGCUUACCUUUGUCGCCAAAUCCCUGGGUUUGACCGGUGAGAUGCCGCGAGGUUCUCCUAUGCCGUGGAAGCCGUACACGGCCUUUGCGACCCUUGCAGAUUGUUUGUGGCUUCUGUGGGAGUCCGCACUUUGUGGCGAGCCCUUGAUGAUUUUUUCCCCGGAUUAUCCGACCAAGGUUGCUGAAGCUGUCCUUGCUGUGGCAUCACUCAUUUCUCCAGUUGAGUACAGCGGAGAUUUCCGUCCAUACUUCACCAUUUAUGACGGUGAUUUCGAGCACUACCGUCAACAUGUGCAAAGCAACGGAGCCUCAUCCAAGGCUGUCGUGUUUGGUGUGACAAACCCGGUAAUGCUGCAGUUGCUGGCCGACUUUCCGAUUUCUGUGCUGCUGCAACCUCGCCAUCGUGAGGAUGCUAGCACCCAGUCUACGCUUCCAGCCCCAGCAGCUUCACAAGAAGUUUUGGUGGAAUCUCCAACUGGGGACAGGCUGCAGCGAGCUCGCCGUGUCCCUGGGAGUGGUCGUGGAUAUGCACAACCAGAACUGCCUCCGACUGGCCUGGGGGUGCUCGAUGCCGAUGCGGAGCUGCUGCAGCGUAUCAAGGCAUCGGAUUGUGUGGACCAGGAUGACACCGUCCUUCGUUACUUCUACGAGCUAACGCUGGCAUUCCUUCGUCCGUUUCUACCUCACCUCGAAGCUUUGACAACCGGAGCUGCAGGAGGUGCAACGUUCGAUGUGAGCUCUUUCCUUGCAUCUUUGCAGCCUGUCGGCCCCUUCUCACAAAUCUCGCGAAAUGAUUGCCAGAACCUGUACUCUCGCUUCAUCCGGGGAGUGAAUUUCAAGCCCUGGCUUGCCAAGCAAGUUUCGACACUCCCCCGGCGGUGUGAGGACGCCAGCCCGGCAGAUGCUGCGAUGGCAGGACACGCGAUGGUGAACAGUGGCGUCGGUGAAACUGACCGGACCCUUUCGGACCAUCCAGGCUGUGUAAGCACUUCGUACGCUCCGGAUGCUGCCUCUAUGGUGAAGACUGCUUCUUUGCUCAUCCUCCGGAGGAGGGGAAGGAAGGCGGAAUGGGGCCAGCUUCCCAACACUUCGAUGGUGAAGAACUACAGCAAAGCAUCGGUAUUGCGAAGGUGGCUUCUGGACUCUUUCGGGGUGCAGCGCCUGCGUGCCGGCAGCGGCGUUUUGGACGUAGCCGGCGGGAAGGGCGAGCUGGCCUGGGAGCUUGUAAAUCUGAAUCUCAUUCCUGCGGUUGUACUGGAGCCAAGACUGCUGGAGCUCCAGUCCGUUGAACGCAAAUGGCGCAACGGUAUAUUCUGGCGCAACCCAAUUUUUCACAGCCAUCUCCACUGUGCCCACGACCCUUCAAUCGUACCUUGUCGACCGGGACACCUGCGCUUGAUCAUCACGCCUGCACUGGUCACUUGGCUUAGUUGUCUGCAGAGUCAGUGGGGCGAAGCUAAUGACGGCCUCGACAGCUUGGGCAACCUGGGGAACUUGAGUGCCUUUGAGCACGCUCGUGAGCGAGCCCAAGAUCUUCGCUGGACAAGAAAAGGGCUCCAAACACACGAGGAAGACGAUGAAGCCGCUGGGGAGCACGCAGCCGAGAUGGAGGAUGACGCCAUCAUGGAAGCUGCCGUGACAGUGACAGAUGGGUCGAAAGAUUCAGAAAAGUGGGCAGCGCAUGAGGACGAUCUCGAAUGUGGACGGCUCGCAGCGGAAGCCAAGGAGAGCAUUCUCAACUGCAGCGCCGUCGUGGCUUUGCACCCGGACCAAGCAGCGGAGCCGGCCCUUCGCUUGGCACUUGCCUUGCGAAAGCCCUGUGCCAUCGUGCCCUGCUGCGUCUACUCGGCAGAAUUUCCGAAGCGCAAGCUGCGCAGCGGCCGGCCGGUCAGGACUUACGAGGAGCUUCUGGAGUACCUGCAACAGCUGGACGAGCGCAUUCAGCGAGUGGAUUUGGACUUCGAGGGAAAACGUGCCAUGGCUCAUGGCUCUGCGAGUUGCGCAAAAGAGCAUGUGCGAGUCCACAGAGUGCUGCUUGGAUUCCGGCAAGGCACGCUGCUUUUCAUUACGCCAGAGGAUGCACUGCGAGAACAGCCGGCCACAGCGCCACGUUCCUACGAAAGCCAAGAAGACAUCGAAGAAAGUUAUGCCAUGCUGCGAGACGUGGGUCAAAGUACUGUUACCUGUUGA